GGCCAAUGUGCGGUUUAGACAACCCUGGCCGCGUUCGGUGCGGCAAUAAAAAAAUGUAAAUUGUGCAGCGAGUGCGAGUGAAAUUGAAAAGCAAUAUAACUGUGUGAUCCAAUUGUGUAUCAGAGUGCGUCCGGAGUGUCCUGGUGGUGCCCGCGAGCACCUGAAAUACGGCGAGCGGGCGACGCCGCCGUUGUCCCCGCUGCAGUCUGCUGCUUCUGCCAGCGCUGUCCCCAACUGCUGACCACGAACCGAAACAGAAACAGAAACAGAAACGCGAAGCCCCGCGAGAUGGCCUCCCUACAUUCCAGUUGGCGUUUUGGCAAGCGGAGCAAACAAUUACGCAUUAAAGUUUCCCAAGACCCUGAGGACUUCUACCGCCUGGAUCCCACACGAUCGGCCACCGAGAAUGCCUUCGACAUCUACUCGAUGCUCUGCCAGGAGGAGACCCGCGACACCAAGCGCCUGUUCCUGCUCAACGCCCUGGCCUCGCUCUGUUUGGGCGCCCGAAAGGGCUCCCACCACAGCAAAAUCCUCUUCAGCACCGAGGAGCUGCUCUAUUGUUUGAGCGCUUCGCUGGUGCACACGUUCACCCAAGUGCGUGCCGCUGCCCUGAGGACGAUCCGCUAUGCCCUCAGCACGCCGAACGACAUCAAGGCCUUCAACGCCCUCCAGCUGCAGCAUCUGCUGUGCCGAUCCAUCGAUCUGAUGCUGAAGAACGACGACGAGCGCGUCCAGGCCUUGAAGCUGGUCCGCAAAAUGCUGGCCAUUGCCCCGGAGGACAUCAGUCCGGUGGUGGUGCGUUGCCUGGUCUCCCUGGCCGAUAGCGGUAUCGAGGAGAACGACAAUCUUUUGCGCGCCUGCCUGGCCACUCUGGCCGAGAUCGCUGUCCUGAAUCCCGCCCUGCUCAUCGUCUGUGGCGGCGUCACCUCAAUCACCCGCAACGUACUGGAGUGCCACAAUCCCCGAAUAGCGGAGAGUCUGUGCGGUGUGCUGCUCUACCUGCUGGAGUGGCCCCAGACCAGGAAUAUAUGCGGCGUGAGGCUGGACUGUCUGGCGGCGCCCUACUGCGAUUUCACCUACCGCCUGGGCAUCAUGGAUAAAAACAAAGAUGCCCGGGAACUCCGCUACACCAGCUGUCGUCUGGCCCUGCUCUCCGUUUUGCGCAGCUGGACGGGCACCCUUGAAUUCUGUGAUCCCAGCAAACCCUCUGGCCUGAAAGCAAUAGUCGAUGCCCUCUAUCUGAACCAGGUCGAAGUCAGAAAAGCAAUACUGGAUCUGCUGUACGAGCUGCUCUCGCUACCGCAACCCACUUGGACGGAUGACUAUGCGGUGGCGUUGCAGGCAGUGGAUCCUUCCGACUUCCAAGACACCUGGCUGCUCAGCAACGGCUUCGUGUCCGCCGAGGGCCGUUCCAUCCUGCCCACUCUCGCCGCCCGAGCUCCUAACGUGGUGGAACAGCACCUGGCCCUGCUGCUGUACUGCUUCCUGGAAACUGGACUGCUGAACGCCCUCGUGGAGGUAGCGGUGGGCAGUGACCAGUUCGUCUCGGUGCAGGCCACCGUCUUGAUCGGGAAAAUCCUGCAACUGAUGCACACCCAUCUGCCGCCGGAUAUUUGCUGCACAAGUCCCGCACUGCCCACCCUGGUGGGGCAUGCCACGCAAGGCAACCAGCAGGCGAAUGCGGCGGUGGCUGCGCUGCAGAAUUAUCAGAAGAUGCUGCGCCAAAGGCCGGCAUCCUGGAGUCUCUUCCUGGACAGCAUCAUUCAGGGCGGUGCUCUGAUCCAGACGCGACUCUUUCGUCGACAUCUGAACGUCCAGGAGCAGGCCGGCGGACCCGUGCUCCAGCUGCAGGAAACAGCCGAGGCGGCUGGCUUCUCGCAAUUCCGUUCUGCCACUCUGGGUCGGUCCCGCCUGGACUCGGUCUCCAGCGACGAGUCCAACUCCCAGGCGUCGAGUUCCUCCCGCUCCAGUUUCCGACUAAAGCGAAAGUUCCUGCCCCCGACCUUCUUUGAUCAUUUCCGGGCCUUCAAUCGACUGCUCCAGGACUCGCGAGUCCUCACCCAGCCCGAUGCCCAGUGGGACUGGGAUGUGAUCACCACCAUACUUAAGUCGAAUCUGAUCCGCAAACUGGACUACACCCUGGGCAAGUUCCUCAAGCGCUUGGUGGACUUCUACAAGCCGCGCAACAACCGCUUCUCGCAUCAAGAUCUGGUCCCGGGCCAGCGGCUUCCGGCCUACGUGAGUGCUGGCCUGGAUCUGAUAGAUGUACUCCUCGGCAGCAGCGAGCUGGAAUGCAUGCGCUACAUCACCGACUACUUCUCGGACAUCAGCCAGCAGCUGGCUGCGGUGACGACGUCGAAUCGUGCCCACGACUGCCUCUUCAGUCCCCAGCACAUGAACAACACCAUGUGCCAGCUGUACUUCCUCUACAUUGGUCGGAUGUGCCGGACCACCAAAGGCAUUGAAGUUCUGAAGAACACCACCGUCUUUGAAUACUUAAUCAACUUGGUCCGAGUUACGGAUCACGUUUGCUAUGUGAAGCUUAUUGUGUCCGGAUUGAACUAUAGCUACGAGAACCUGCCGCGCCAGGUGCUGGAUAAGGCGCUCACGUCCGCCAAGACGCGCAGCGGACGACUGUAUGCCACCCAGUUCUUGGCGGUGCUGCUGCGAGCGAGGCUGCCAAACUUCGAGGUGUGGGGCAUUCCCAUGAUCAUCGUCCAGACACGCGACUCGGACCGCAGCGUUGUCCUGGCGGCACUCGAGGUGCUGGAGGAGGCCUGCCACGACAAGUACUACCUGCAGGAGAUCAUCAGCCACUGGCCGAAUCUGAGCCAGCGCGGAGACGCCGGUCGGCUGCUGAUGGCCCGGUACUACUCGCUGCCCCGCGGCCUCAACAGCACCAACGCCCGAGUGGAGGAGGAGAUCAAGUACUGGCGGAAUGGCUACAACAAGCGGUACGUCCUACUCGUGGAGGCGGACACCCACUCAAGUCUGACGCUGCACAUCCGCAACGAGGACGGCUACUAUUCCCGGCGGAACUGCAAUCAGCGACCGCAGACAGUGCCCCCGAACAUAGCCCCCCAUCUCUAUGGCCAGAUGGUGCAGACCAGCCAGGGGAUGACGGCGCUGAGGAAGCACGGGGACCUGCCCCAGCUGGUGGAGCUGCUGCUGCGGGCCAAGUGCUCGGACGAUGCCGAGUGCCUGGAGCUGAAGGCGGCCAUUUGGGCGUUGGCGCACGCCUCCACGCAUUCCAUUGGAAUUGAAUACCUAGUGGAGCUGAAUGCCAGACUCUAUGAGUGGCUCAUCAUGCUGGUGACCAAGUGCGAGGUGUACUCCGUGCGGGCCACGUGCUUCAGUGCCUUGGGAAUAAUAGCCGGGACCCAGGCGGGUGCCAAUAUUCUCUUCAAGCUGAAUUGGCUGAGUGUUCGCCAUGAUAGGAACACGAUGUGGCCAGUGCACCAGCCCGAGGACUGGAUGUCCAGCCAGUACACGCCUGUAAGGCACUACUACGAGGAUGCCAACUCGUACAAUCAAAUGACAGUGCUUGAGGAUCAGGUCGACGGCUUCUACCUGGGCUCCCACUACUGGAACGUGGUGGGCACUCUAACGGAGUCCAUUGCCGGUGGCGGGGGAUCGCUGGCCGGAGCCGCCAUUCACAGCACACUCAAGGAUCCGAAUGAGACGGGAACCGAUGACGGGCACACGAAUCGUGUGGUGGCCGCCAAAUCCAAAACUUUGCCGGAGGGCAGUAACUUGCGACCCGGGAAGCAUCAGCGCUCCCUGUCCGAGUCCAAGACAACGGAUGUGAUCAGCUUACUGGGCGGUGCAACCGGACCGGGAGCUGGUCCAGGGGGAGUGGCACCGACGGGAUCCCUGUUUCCGGUCCCGUACCAUCAUCGAAUACGAUACAACUCCUGCACAGAUUCCAAUACCUCGGGCGUGAGUAGCUGCGAAUCGGUGACCGGACGCACUGCAGCCGCUGCGGCUGCUGCGGCGGCGAAUCUCAGUGACCUGCAGCAGUUUGUCCUGAGCCCGAUACCCAGCAUGUCCAACCUCCUGGAAAUCGAUCCCACCAAAAUGUUCCGCAACGAUUUGGUCUCCGGCAACUCCCUCUCCUCCGCGAUGACGAUGAAGGGCUAUGCUCAACUGCGCUCCCUGCGCGCCUACAGCCGCCCGGUCUUCUCCGAGUCGGCGUUCUGCGACUUGGUCGGCCCGGUGGACGCCCCCUGCGAGGUGCAGAUGCGACGGCACGACUGGACGCACCCGCACCGGCGCCUGAAAGUCCGCAGCCUGGACCGGCAGCCGAAGCUGAGCGAGGUGUACAGGAGGAUGUUAUCGGACGAGAUGAACGUACUGCUGCCCACUGCGAAUGCCGUGAAGUACAUGCCGCGAAACGAUCAGAAGGGACCCUGCUACGCCGGCAUUGGUCUGCCCAAGAACGUACUCGACCUGUUCCCCACCCGCAACGUGAACCGCACCUAUGUGUCGCGCGACAUCCAGGACCAGGAUCUAAUGGGUGUCAACCUACUGAGCAGCGCCGGCAACGGUGGCGGCGUCGGGCGGCAACAGUUCUUCAACGACUCGCUGACAAACGAGGGUGGCGAUGAGUCCUCGGUGAUAUCCUCCUUGUCGGAUGUUUCUUCGGCCAGUCGUCGGGGUCCACAGCAGCGCGGUCCUCAGUUCCAGCAGCAACAACAGCCAAACGAUGGGAAGCACGCCCGGAGCCAGUGCCUCCAUUGUGCCAGAUCGUCGCGCCAGCAACAGCGCCAGGAUAGCCAAAGCAACGGAGGAGGAACAGGAUUGAGCGGUGGCAAUGGAGGCGAAGCAUCCUUGGCCCCCUGCGAGCUCUACAGAACGGCGGCCGCCGCUCUGUUGGCGUCUAUGGCUGGACCUGUUUUGCCCAAGAAGAGUAGCUCCUCGGGCUCGGGCAAUGUCCCCACGACCGGAGCCGAUAUCAGUUUCCAUUCGCCGGAGAGCAUGCUCAGCGAGGACAGCCUCCCGGACAGACUCACCGCCUCCAUAUUGUACAAUGUGCAGCGCUUGGCCAAUCCCGUCAGUGCCAAGCAGUCAAAGAUGGCUCUGCUAGAGCUGAAGCAGAAGCAUCCCCAUGCCUUUCAGGACAUUUGUCUGUACUCGGAGUCGUGCAAAACGCUCGGAAGGAGCAGCUACCGGAUGAGUGCGCGUCGCUUCUUGCAGGAACUGUUCCUCGACCUCAACCUGGACUCGUUUUACGUGGAGCCGCAGCUCAUAAUUGCGGCUCGAAAACUGCCUGCCGAGGAGAAAGCGGAUUCUGCCACAACACCCGCAACGACGCCGACCUCCUUGCAACCGACGGUGCCUCUGCGGAUGCCGGCCAUGAAACCGAAGCCCAAGAGUCUGGCGCAGCUGGCCAGCGUGUACGAGACCAGUUGGGAGAACCUUCUGAUGGAUUUCUCGCCCCGAACGGGUCCCACUGCCGCCAAGUCGUCGUCGCUAGACGUUCCGUUUCCUGCACCUACCCAAGCCGUACAAAACAAGCUGCACAUCGGCGAAACGGAGAGCUCGGUGUCCGGCAGCGGUAGCGGCAGCGAGGACGAGGACGGAGAGACUGGAGAGGAUGUGUGCGAUGGCAGUUCCGUGACCACUGGCCACACGGCGCUACCCACAGGCAACAGCAAUCGCAGCAGCAUCUGUACGAUCAGCCAACAGCCGCCGGGCGGGGCCGGAGUAGGAGCUCCUGCGGCCUCAAGUGGCGGUGCCAGUGCCUCGACGGACGAGAUGCGGAACGACAACCGGCAGUAUACGCGCGGACGCUUCUACACGCUGGAGCUGGACUUGAGCUGCACCCGCAACAAGUUUCCCAUCAAGGACCGCAGCCAGGCGGUGCCGAUACUGACGCGGCAGGUGAGCGCCAGCGGCAGUGCCGCCGGUAAUGAGUCCACCUCCUCGGAGCUCAACUACUCUACGGUGACCAAGAGCCUGGCUGCCUCGAUGGCCAAGGCGAUUGGCAGUCUCUACUGCGAGAAGCGUUUGCAGAGCUCCAAAUCGGAGGCUGUGCUCGGAGCGGGUGCGGGUGCGGGUGCGGCUGGAUCGGCGACGGCAGUGCCCUGCGGGGUGGGCAGCUGGCAGCAAAAGUCAAAGAUCCUGGAGCCGCUGGGCGAGGAUCCGGUGAAGUGACCAGCCGCCCUAUCGCCACCAACAGCCACCUGCCUUCCCGAAUGAGCGUUUUCUUUUUUGUAAAAUAUCAAAUCAAAGAAACCUGCUGCUGCAACACCACUUAGUUUUAAACCAAAACACACACACACCCACACAACAAACUACUAUAGCUAUUAAGUUUAUUUCUUUAAGAUUAAUUUUACGGUCA